AUGCUUGCCGGUCUCGCGACGCGCCGUGCUGCGCCCCGGGCCUUCCAGCCCAUGACGCUGCCCACAGUCGUCGGUGCGCCGCGCAUCGCCCGCCGCGGCCUCGCCUCGGCCGCCGAGCCCUACGACGUCGUCGUUGUCGGCGGUGGCCCGGGCGGCUACGUGGCCGCCAUCAAGGCCGCCCAGCUCGGCCUGAAGCUUCUGCACCGCCCGCGCCACGCCCCCGUCUUGGCCCACAAGCUCACACCUCCCCCACAGACGGCGUGCAUUGAGAAGCGCGGCGCCCUCGGCGGCACCUGCCUCAACGUCGGCUGCAUCCCGAGCAAGGCCAUGCUCAACAACUCGCACCUCUACCACCAGGCCAAGCACGACUUCAAGAGCCGCGGCAUCAUCGCCGAGAACGUCACCGUCGACCUCGGCGCCAUGCUCAAGGCCAAGAACGGCAGCGUCACGGCGCUCACCAAGGGCAUCGAGGGCCUCUUCAAGAAGAACAAGGUCGACUACAUCAAGGGCCACGGCGCCUUUGCCGAGCCCGGCGCUAUCAGCGUGCAGCUCAACGACGGCGGCGAGACGCGCAUCGAGGGCAAGAACAUCAUCAUCGCCACGGGCUCCGAGGUGACGCCGUUCCCGGGCAUCGAGAUCGACGAGAAGCAGAUCGUCUCGUCGACGGGCGCGCUCGAGCUGCAGCAGGUGCCCAAGAAGAUGACGGUCAUCGGCGGUGGCGUGAUUGGCCUCGAGAUGGCCUCGGUGUGGAGCCGCCUCGGUGCCGAGGUGACGGUCGUGGAGUUCCUGGGUGCGAUUGGCGGCGCCGGCAUUGACGCCGAGGUUGCCAAGAAGUUCCAGUCCAUCCUGCAGAAGCAGGGCAUCAAGUUCAAGCUCAACACCAAGGUCAUCGGCGCGGAGAAGAAGGGCGAGACCGUGGCGCUGAACGUCGAGGCGGCCAAGGGCGGCAAGGAGGAGCAGCUCGAGUCUGACGUCGUGCUCGUGGCCAUUGGCCGGCGGCCCGUGACGCGCGGCCUCAACCUCGAGGCCGUGGGCAUCGAGGUGGACAACCGCGGCCGCGUCGUCGUCGACGACCAGUACAACACGUCGUGCAAGGGCGUCAAGUGCAUCGGCGACGCCACGUUCGGCCCGAUGCUGGCACACAAGGCCGAGGAGGAGGGCAUUGCGGCCGUCGAGAUCAUCAAGUCGGGCCACGGGCACGUCAACUACGGCUGCAUCCCCGCCGUCGUGUACACGCACCCCGAGGUGGCGUGGGUGGGCAAGAACGAGCAGGAGCUCAAGGACGAGGGCGUCAAGUACCGCCUCGGCAACUUCCCCUUCCUCGCCAACUCGCGCGCCAAGACCAACGCCGACUCGGAAGGCUUCGUCAAGUUCAUCGUCGAGGAGGAGACGGACAAGAUCCUCGGCAUCCACAUCAUCGGCCCCAACGCCGGCGAGAUGAUUGCCAGCGGCGUGCUUGCCAUGGAGUACUCGGCCAGCGCCGAGGAUGUCGCACGGACGUGCCACGCACACCCGACGCUGUCGGAGGCCUUCAAGGAGGCUGCCCUCGCCGCGAGCACGGGCGGCAAGGCGAUCCACUUCUGA